CCGGACAUCCACGUAUAAGACACUGAGGCGCAUGCGCUGUUGCCUUAUAGGGCCACCAGAGUUGCGCGCCUGCGUUGCCCUCCACAUUCAUUCCGUUCGCUUUAUUACAUUGUAAAGGUUGCUAACCACCUCCACCUCUUUUUUCCCCCCUCUGAGAACGCGCACGCUCGUACGUUCGCUCUCCCCUCGCCCCCCACUCUCAAUCUCUGCAGUCCCAGCUCCAGAAGAGUGUCGGAGGCGCGCGCGCAACCCGAUGGCGUGCGUGCGGACGCAUGCGCUAUCCGAUGCGUGAGCAAAGCGGGGAGUCGGGUUCAAAGGAGGAAAUAUGGCGGAAAACAAAGGAGGAGGAGGAGGAGGCGGCGGCGGUGGCGGCGGGGAGGGGGCUGGAGAGGCCGGGCCGGUGGGGGGUGGUCCCGAACCUGCCGCUGCGGCGUCGGCUGUUGUUGUCACCUCUGCGGCGGCAAUUGCAUCUCCGUCUUCUCCGGCCCCGAUCCAGCCCGAAGAAAGAGAAAGCCCCGCCGCGGCGAUCCUGGCUGCGGCGGUGGACAAGGGCCCAGGGGAGGCGGAGGCCGCGGCGCCGGUUGUGGUAAGCGUAGGCCCGAGUUCCACCUCUAUCCCGGCACCUCUGGGCCCCAGCCCUGCUCCCCCCGCUCUGUCCAACGCCGCGCCGGGCCCGCUGUCGCUCCUAGACACCUGCGCAGUGUGCGCGCAAAGCCUGCAAAGCCGGGAGGCCGAACCGAAGCUCUUGCCUUGCCUUCAUUCCUUUUGCCGCCGCUGCCUGCCGGAGCCUGAGCGCCAGCUCAGCGUGCCGGUGCCCGGCGGUGCCAACGGGGAUAUCCAGCAGGUUGGUGUGAUCAGAUGCCCAAUUUGUCGCCAAGAAUGCAGACAAAUAGAUUUGGUAGAUAACUACUUUGUCAAAGAAACAUCUGAAGUACCAAGCAGCUCUGAUGAGAAAACUGAACAGGUAUGCACCAGUUGUGACGACAAUUCUAGUGCUGUUGGGUUCUGUGUGGAAUGUGGAGAAUGGCUUUGCAAAACUUGUAUAGAAGCUCAUCAACGUGUAAAAUUUACAAAGGACCAUAUGAUCAGAAAAAAAGAAGAUGUCUCUUCAGAAGCUGUUGGAGCAUCUGGUCAACGUCCUGUUUUUUGUCCUGUGCACAAACAAGAACAGUUAAAACUUUUCUGUGAAACCUGUGAUAGGCUGACGUGCAGAGAUUGUCAGUUACUGGAACACAAAGAACAUAGGUAUCAGUUUUUGGAAGAGGCAUUUCAGAAUCAAAAAGGUGCUAUCGAGAAUCUCUUAGCCAAACUCCUUGAAAAGAAGAAUUAUGUUAACUUUGCAGCUAGUCAAGUACAAAAUAGGGUAAAAGAAGUAAAUGAAACUAACAAACGAGUAGAACAGGAAAUCAAAGUGGCUAUUUUUACUCUCAUUAAUGAAAUCAAUAAAAAGGGGAAAUCUCUCUUACAACAGCUUGAGGUACAGUUAAAUUUAACAGUGAACAUAAUGUGGGUAUCGAUACGUAUUAUUCUUUUGAUUUAAAUGACCUUUUUAAGAGCUCUUUUCUUGAUACACCAUGUUAUCAGUGGCAACAAACUCAGUUUAUAUUUCUUUCCAGUUUAAUCUGGUCAUAGGAAGAUCAGAAGCAUCCAUUUUCACUUGGAAACAAAGUUCUGGAAAAUUUUGUUGAAUUAAUUUGUCUAUAGUUUCUCAAAAAUAGUUUACAAUUUGAUUAGUUUAUAAGCAUAGCAAAUAAAUAUACA